ACUGGUGCUCUGACACACACACACUCAUAAACACAACUUCACACACACACACACUCAGACAUACUGCAAACUCUCCACAGGAAACUCUGAGCCAUAAUGCGAAGGCACCUCAGAGCAGACGGGUGCAUUGCUCAAACCAAGUGGGAUCCGCUGCGGCUUUGAUAGUACGUUAAUUACUCAUGUGAUGUGAUACAGAUGUCUGGGGGCUUCAGCUGAAAGUUUGCCUGACGCUUUCCAAGGGGGCCAGGCAGACAUUUUAGAAGAGUGAUAUAUUGGGACAGUCUUUCAAUCAGUGAAAUCAAAGCACCAAAUGUCUACCAUAAUGGGCAUCCCAGUUGUGCAUAUGUUGCUGCUAAUGGCCUGUAUGGCAGCCAGUGGUAUGUGCCAGACAAACAGAGUCGAACCAGAGGAGGGCUUCCUUGUCCACUCCACCCCCCACUCUCCGGCUUUCCAAAGCACCACCAGCAGCCCCAGCACGGGGCCCGGCCGCUUUCUGAGGGACAGACAUGCUGCGGUACCAGCAAACGAAGGAAAUGCAAGCAUCACUAUGAAGCAGCUACCCAUGUGCAUUGAAAAGACGACCAUCAAUCACUAUUUCAAGUACAUCAACACAGUCAUUUCCAUUGUAGUGUUUGUGGUUGGCCUGGUUGGCAACGCCACUUUGCUGAGGAUUAUUUACCAGCACAAGUGCAUGAGGAAUGGGCCCAAUGCUCUCAUCGCCAGUCUGGCACUUGGAGACCUUAUCUACAUUAUCACUGAUAUACCCAUCACUAUAUACAAGCUCCUGGCUCAGCGCUUUCCUUUUGUCGACAGUCCUGCUGGCUUGUUUCUGUGUAAAAUGGUGCCCUUCCUGCAGAAAGCCUCAGUGGGCAUCACUGUUCUGAACCUGUGUGCCCUCAGCGUGGACAGGUACCGGGCUGUUGCAUCCUGGAGCAGAGUUCAGGGCGUUGGUAUCCCUAUGCUUACAGUCAUUGAGAUUUUGUCUAUCUGGUUGCUGUCGCUCUUCCUCGCAGUCCCUGAGGCCAUCGGCUUCGACAUAGUCAGCUUCCCCUACAGAAACCAAAACCUCACCACCUGCAUGCUCAAACCCAGGAGUCCCUUCAUUAAGUUCUAUGCGGAGGCUAAGGACUGGUGGCUGUUUGCAUGCUACUUCUGCGUCCCAUUGGCCUGCACUGCGAUUUUCUACACUUUGAUGACCUGCGAGAUGCUCAACCACAGAAAUGGCAGCCUUCGGAUAGCCCUCAGUGAACACCUCAAACAGAGAAGGGAAGUGGCAAAAGCUGUCUUCUGCCUCGUCCUCAUCUUUGCCCUCUGCUGGUUCCCGUUACAUCUCAGCCGAAUCCUGAAGAAGAUGAUUUACUUCCCUGAAGAUAACACGCGCUGUGAGCUGUUCAGCUUCCUGUUGGUUCUGAAUUAUCUUGGCAUCAACCUUGCAUCAAUCAACUCCUGCAUAAACCCCAUAAUCCUCUACUUUGUCAGCAAGAAGUUCAAAAACUGCUUUAAGUCUUGUUUGUGCUGUUGGUGUUACUCUGAGAACCAGCUGAGCAGCAUCGGAGCUAUGAAUGGUACCAGUAUCCAGUGUAAGAGCCCAGAGCCCAACAACCUUCUGACUGAUCGUAGCGUGAGGAAGGACAGCGACUGAUAUGUCUCCUGAGGAAUAUUAUAAGCACUUCCAUGUAUCAAGCCACUUUAAAAAUGCAAUCCCUGCUCACCUUUAAAUAUACACAUUAAAAAGACAACAAAUCGACAUCACUGAAGCAAAAUACGAGCCUGGCAGCGAUGGAUUAGGAAUUGGAG